GCAAGAGCAUCGACCGAUGAUGAAGGCAAUACGUAUCCUGAAGGUGGUCUCAGAGCGUGGCUCGUCGUCGCUGGCGGUUUCUCAGGCAUGAUGGCGUGCUUCGGGUACAUGAACACAGUCGGCACUUACCAGGCGUACCUUGCUUCUCACCAGCUCUCGUCCUACUCGGAAUCGGCAAUUGGAUGGAUCUUCUCGCUUUACAUCUUUCUUGCAUUUGGUGCUGGAGUCCAGAUCGGACCAUUAUUCGACAAGCACGGCCCUUUUUGGCUCGUUGUGACAGGCGCGAUAUGCACGACUUUGAGCAUCUUUUUGCUGGGCAUCUGCACGCAGUACUGGCACUUCAUUAUUGUUUUCGGAAUCCUUGGCGGGCUGGGCAAUGCCUUCAUUUUUACGACGUCUGUGUCAGCUGUUGGGCAUUACUUCCUGAAAGGGCGAGGGAAUGCGACCGGCAUCGCGACUUGCGGUGGAGCUCUAGGAGGCGUGAUCUUCCCAUUGAUGCUGCAAAGCCUGUCUCCUAAGGUUGGGUGGGCGUGGGCAACUCGGGUGCAGGCGUUCAUCUUCCUUGUACUGCUUUUGCUUGCCAUCGUGCUCAUCCGCGCACGACUUCCGCCUCGACCCGGCAGCAGUGCGCUCCCUGAUGUGCGCGUGUUCCGGGAUCCUUGCUUCGCCCUGGUGACAUUUGGCUCCUUCUUCCUGGAGCUUGGUCUGUUCAUACCGAUCGCGUACAUCACCUCGUAUGCUUUGGAUACGAAUGGCGCCAUUUCGACGACGUUCGCGUACCAACUCCUGGCUAUUUUCAACGCCGGCUCUUUCUUCGGUAGGUGGGCGCCCGGUUAUCUUGCAGACAAGCUCGGCCGAUUCAACACGCAGAUUGCAGCAGUUCUUCUCUGUGCCGUGUCUUCGAUAGGGCUCUGGGUGCCCGCUACAGUUCUUGCGAGGACUUCGAGCUCAUCUCCUCAGACCAUCUUGGGACUAACGAUAGCUUUUGCUGCUCUCAUGGGUUUUGCUUCGGGCAGUAAUAUUUCACUUACGCCAGUUUGCAUCUCCAUGCUGUGUCCGACAAAAGAGUAUGGCCGUUACAUUGGAACGGCAUACACUGUGGUCUCGGUAGGCACACUCAUAGGCCUGCCUGUGGCUGGAGCUCUCAUCACGGCCUGCGGAGGAUCAUACUGGGGGACUGCGCUCUUCACUGGGCUGAGUUAUGUUUGCGGUCUUGGCUGCUUUACUGCAGUACGCGUGAUUAAAGCCGGGUGGAAGGCCAACGUGCGAUAUUGAGAAGUAGUAGCGAACUAUAGUGCUGUCUCGUCCUCGGUC